CUAGACUUUAUCAGAUUCUCAUUCUCUCUUUUCCAUCAUUCUCUCUUUUUUCCAUCAUCUCUUUCUUUCCCCAUCCACCAUACCUAUUUCCCACUAUCUUCUUUUCUUUCUUUCUCCAUUUCUCUUUCUUUUCUUUUGUUCUUAUUCUUGUUCUUGUUCUUGCUCUUGUUCUUGUUCUUGUUCUUGUUCUUGUUCUUGUUCUUGUUCUUGUUCUUGUUCUUGUUCUUGUCCUUUGUAAGAAGAUAUGCAUGAUUGGGCUGCACCGUUGAUAGCUUCGGCUCUGUUCGCGUUUCUGCAGCCAGGAUUGAUACUGCAGUUCCCGGGGAAAGAAUCUCCGGUGGGUUGCAUGAACAUGAAGACGACAAUAGCUUCUAUUUUCGUUCAUACUGUUCUAUACGGUCUUUUCCUCAUCCUCUUUCUCGUCGUUCUCAACAUCCAUGUCUACGCAUAGAUCAUUUAUUACACUCAUGUAUGUGGCUCUGUUUGUGCCGGUGGGUUUAUUAGUAAAAAGCUUUGUUUUAGGACUUCUCUUUGUUCUUAUUCUUAGUUACUCCUAAAAAAUUGAACUUUUUCACUAUUCACCAUGUUCGCUCUGGAGUUAUCCUUACAUGGGUGUAUGUAACUUUACCAUAAUAUAGGGUCCUUUACAAUUA